GGAUGGCAGCCGGAGGCGUAGAAGAUGGUGACAGGAUGAAGCUCGAUGAGUUGCCGGAACAGUUGAUUAACCGCUACGUGAUCGUGCUGACCGUCCUAGACAUGACCGUCAGAGGCCUAGGCAUCUUGGCGUUUGCAUGGUCGACAGUUGUCCUACUUGGCGGCUUUGUCCCGUUUCUUGAGAGGAAGGAUUUCUGGUUCAUCACACUGAUUAGCUUCACCCAGUCAGCCAGAAUCUUCGUUGCUUUGGUGGACGAGCAGUACCUACACAGUGUGAAGCUUUUGUCUCGGACCAUCAUCGGAAUUGCUAAGAUCAUCUUGAACAUAGUAUUUUGCAGAAAGAUCAAGCAGUCACCUACCACAUCACCACAAAGCCAUGAAGAAUCAAAUGAGGAGCACCAUGCCUCCUCCUUGUUGCGACUCUGGCAACAGGACUAUGGCAAGGAAGCUAACCAGAAACCGGCAGCGAUAAUAUUCUACUCAAUAGCUUUCUGUCAAGGUGUGCUCUACUUUCUUUGGUUCAUCCUCGACAUUUCCAAAGGGCUUCCGGUGACACAUGUGGUCAAGAAAUGCGAGUUUGAGCCGAGCUGGGGCACUGAAUGCGUCCGCCGGUACCUCAAGGAUACAAAGAAAAUGUACCUCAAGGACCUGCUGACUGCAACCAGAGGAAGGAAUCUUGUCACGUAUGCGUCAAGCUUGUUGGAUUCAGACUACAAGGAGGACUACGAGUCAGGAGCAAGGAUUCUAGUUGUCUUCAUCGGGAAGCAGAAGCUACCCGUGGAAGAACUGAUCCGCUCCUCCAGGAAAAGGAUUCAGAAGCUGGUCAUGAUGCUGUCAUGGACAGACCGAGAUUACCAGGACACCAGAUUGUUUGCCGCAAAGAUCGUGGCACAUGUUGCCCUUCACAUCAGCAUUGCUCAGUUCCCAGGGACACUGGAAAGCAUUAGGUCCCUACUCAAGCCAUCCGAGAGCAACUCUAUCUUAUUCGGCACUCCUCUGAAGAGCAAGCCUACAACUGAGGAGGUCAGGAGUGGUACAGAGCACACCGUUCAAACCAAGCCUGCUACUGAGUAUGAUGCGGAUGCCAGAAUGGAGUGCCAACUGAUUGAGCAAGGACUCAUCAUCCUUGAUCAGCUCUCGCUCGAUAGAACCAACUGCUCAGAGAUUUUAAAAGCUGAACCACUUCUCAUGGAUAUCUUGUCAUGGAUCUGUUCCAGACCAUUCAUCCAUGACAACGAACAGGAGGGUGAGUGGGUGAACAUAUUGAGGUUAUCAUUCACUGUGUUGGCUCAGCUUGCAAGUCUUCGUGGACAGCUAGCUUUAAAGCUAUUGAGGAAAAUCAAAUUCGAGUUCAAUCCGAGCUGGGUCUCUGGCUAUGCACGUCAGCCAGACAUACAGAUUCUAGCCAUAAAAACUUUUUCAUACGUAUUCACCGCCACCGCGGAAGAUUCAAGUGAUGCGCCAGAGAUAAAAAAGCUAGCAACCACGGAGACUUCUCAACAGGCACUUCCUCGAGGUAAAAGCGAAAAGGGUAAAAAAUGGGAUAAAAGGGAGCACUUCCUCAAGGUAAUUCUAAUGCUCUUCCUCCCUAAUGAAAAUAUUGAACAAGGGGGAACUAGUUCCAUGGCAUUGCCUACUGUUCAAUCGGUAGCUGGUGAAGCACUCACAAUGCUGUCUUUGAGCAGCAGAAAUUGCAAAUAUCUCCUCGAUUUGAAAGAAGGUAUGGCCCUUACUAAACUUGAACAAAUAAUUUAUUCGGAGGACAGAAUAGAAUACAGAGCCAUCGCAGCAGAUAUAUUGAAGCGUUUGUACGCCGUUCUUUGUGACCCUGAUCUGUACCCAAAUGAACAAAAAGUUCCCCACAUUGAAAGAGUAUUGCCCAAGGAACCGGAGACACCAGGCAAUGAUGGUGUACAGGAUGGUACAGGACCUGCCCAAACUGAUAAGCUUUUUGAUUCACUGAUAAGCAGCAUCUUAGACUCCAGGCAGCUUUGGUACGCAUAAUUUGUGAUAUGCAAUCUAAUGAGAAGAUAUCUGGAUCAGAAUUUUCACGUUUGGUUGGAAACCGUUCUCACUUCGCGAAGCUUCUCAAGAAGUUGAUAGUCACUAAUAGCCGGGCUGGCACAGAUUACCACCUAGAGAUUGUAAAGUGGACAGCCGCGUUGAUCGGCUCCAUGCUAACACGUGACAGAGUAUGGGCCCAGGAAAUUAGGAAGCAGGGCAUUGUGGAGUCAUUGUCCGAUGCUUCCAAGAUCAUGUCAGG